AUGAAAAGGACCUUUCUGAUCAGUGGAUUAGUGAUUGCUAUCCGGGCCUUAUCAAAUACAAAAGAGCCUGCUUUAAAAUCAGUGCCACUUUCCAAAGGAUUUCAUAAUGGAACCUCUGGUUAUUUAUACAAUGUCGGCGCCCAAGCUUAUCUAGUCACCAGCGCCAACCCUAAAGAUCAAUUUAUGUGGAUAAAGGGCGUGAAAGACGUCGCCAAGGCUACCCCACUGACAAUAGAAAGGGAUGUAUUUCGCGGGCUGACCUAUAAUAUUAUUAGACUUAGCGAGGUAAGAACUGCCCUUGGUGCACCACCUAAGCAGCUGAGCAUCAGAAUGACACACUCUCCCUUCUUUGGGCAUCAAGUUCUCGGCCGAGUAGGAGAGGACACAAACAGGUAUGUGGGACUGUUAACAGACCCAAGUAAUCCAGUCACAUGGGUUGUGUUCUCCCCGCCGGUUCACAAGACAACCAACGCAUUUAAGAUCUACUUAGGCAACAUGUGCUUGGCGUUACAAAACAAUGCAUAUCUGAGAGUAGAAAAGUGCGUGCUUGCCCCCGAUAGCAAACGAAAUAAUCAGCUGUUUAUCUGGUAUCCCCAGGAAGAGCACAAUACCUCCACAAACGCAACAUCCAACAAUGGGUCCAAUGGGUCGGCAAUUGGAAGUUAA